AUGACCAACAUCGAAGAAUCACGCCUUUUCGAUACGACAAUAAUGAGGCUACCUGACACCUUACACAACAAUAGUCAAACUUUACAAGACUUAAAUGAAAAAAUUAAGUCAUUAACAAACGAUCGUCUAAGUGCUAAUCAAGAGAUUGAGAACGUAAAUUCCGAAUAUUUUCGUCUAAAAGUUGAUCUUGAUAAGUCCUUAAAAAUAAUAGAUUCAUACAAAAGAAUAAAUGCAUUUGAUAGGAAAAGUAUGACGCCUACACCAAGACGCAAAAUAAAGUAUUCACAAAAUAAGAUCUUAAAAAUUCCAGCGCAAAUAACAAACUCAGGAACAGAUGGUCAAAGUAUAAAUAAUCCCCCAAUUUCCAAAACAAAUCGACCUUUAGAUGAAUUAGAACAAAAUGCGAUAAAUAAUGACAACUUAAAUAUUAUGACAUUACCGUCUGAAAAACCCAUGAACUUGCCUGCCUAUUGUACUACAUUAUCAAAUAUCAUGUUGCAAAAAGAUAUUGAACAAAAAACAGAAAUAAACUGUGACACUCCUCUUCUGUAUGCAAGUAAAGAGCAAAUAAAUUCCCAUGAAAAGGGUAAUAAAGUAGUGAAACGAAAAAUUUUUAUUGUAGCGGACGAACAAGGUUAUAAAAUAAGAGAAACACUGCAGAAUUUGGUUGGUUAUGAGUUUAUACUAACUUGCUACUCGAAGUAUGGAGCCCUUGGUGAGGUGAGUGAUAAGAGGUGA